AGUACAACGCCUGAAAAGCAAAAUCCAGGAAGAGCGCCUGUCUACCGUCCAGGCAUGAAUGAUGAGACAGAUUGUGUGGAGAACUUUGACCCCGAGACGAAUUUCCAGGAUUACAUCAACUGCAUUUACGAAGAUGGACCCAACAUGACACACACCUAUGAUAUUCCAGUCGAUGUCUAUCCCGUCGGCACCGUUUACCUCUUCACUCUCUUGCUAGGGAUGGUGGGAAACUCCUUGGUGAUAUUCUGUAUCGUUAAACACAAAGGAAUGCGAAGCAUUACAAACAUCUUCUUACUGAGCCUCGCUUGUGCUGAUUUGUUGCUUGUUCUAAUUUGUGUACCAGUCAAGGGAAUCGCCUUUUUCUCAUUUACCUGGACAAUGGGUUUCGUGCUGUGUAAAAUGGUUCACUAUGUACAAAAUGUCUCCAUGAUUUGCUCUGUUAUGACGCUUACAAUGAUGAGUGUAGAGAGGUACAUAGCCAUCCGGUACCCUCUUAAAGCUAAGUACCUAUGUACUUUAGUCCACGCCAAAAUUGUCAUCUUCUGUACUUGGUUCCUCUCACUCUUCGUGGCUAUACCUAUUUUAUUUGGACAGCAACUUGUCGAAGUCGGAUAUUUCAUGAAAGGUUAUUUGUGUAUCAAGGAAUGGUCAACGCCAGAGAUGAGUAAAUUAUAUGAACUCUACAUGUUCUUUAUAAUGCUCGUUAUUCCAACAUGUGUAAUGAUUGUGGCCUAUUCUGGUAUUUACUGCGAAAUGGUUAGUGUUACAGCACGAAGAGCAGACAUGAGAACUGGCAGUCUUUCAGAAAGUUCUUCGAACCACAAUAACUACAAAAUGACCAAAUCAAACAAGAAAACAGCCAAAAAAAUAUCUGUGGAAGAUGACAAAACGAAAAUGCAGGUUCUGAAGAUGUUAGCGGUUGUUGUCCUGCUGUUCGUUCUGUGCUGGGCACCAAUUCUUAUCAACAACGUUUUGGUGGGUUUCGAAAUCCUACCCGUCCUUCACUACGGUCACAUGAAACCCGUUCGCAUGGCUUUCCACCUCAUGUCUUACUUCAACAGUUGCAUCAACCCAGUCGUCUAUUCAUUUCUGUCUAGAAACUUCCGCGAGUCAUUCAAACAUAUAUUCCGUAACUUGUGCAACAGAAGUCUACGACCAACGAACGGUCGUGAACGAUCUACUAGAAGAUCUACCGUGUCCUUCACAACAAGGUCUACCUCAUUUAAUCAGAAUCGUCGACAUCACAACAAAAGCAGCGAGGAGAAACUGGACCACAGCAACUCCAGUUCAGACAACGUCAAGAUCACCAUUGUAUCGUGUUCUGAAGAUGCCUGAACUGGUCGAGGUUAAUCAAUGAAAUAUAUUAUUCAUCCAUUUGUAAAUGGGUUAUUUAUUAUAUAAUGUACCGUUUUGUUCAAUCAGUCGUUAAAUAUCUAUUAUUAUCAAAUUAGAUUUGA